AUGAUAAAGCAGUUCUUUUAUUUUAAAUGCUUUAAAGUGCUUGUUGAAGCAUUAUAUAUUCAGCAUUUUGUUACUUCUUAAAUAUCCAAUAAUGAAGGUAAUUUAUUAUGAUUAAUAUAGGAUGGAAAAUUUAAAAUCCUUAUAAUGGAGCGACUGUUCUUUUAACUAAUUGUGCAGGAAACAUAAUUUUUGGAGGUUAUUAAGUAUUUGGAUGUUUUUCAACUGCAAGAACUGAAUUAAUGAAAUAUUUUAUUUUGCCUCCUCAUUACAAUUUACGCAUUGACAUUAGACACUGGAAGUUGAAUAUUAUUUUAUAUUAAGAAUUGAUGAUUGGCUAGCAACCUAAAAUUUUAAUAUAAUUGCAGAUUAAUAGUCCUAGAGUUGGCGUUAUACAGCAAAUACAGGACCUAAUUUAUGCGGUGGUUCUGGAGCAGAUUAAAAUUCUCCAAUACAUCUCAGUAAUAGGCAACAUACAUUAAAUUCAGUUAUUGCCAGAUUUUUCUCAGACUGUAAUAACAAUGUAUUUAUUUAAAUAUUUAAAUGUUAGAAUUUUUGGGGAAUUACAGAUUUCGAAUUAACAGUACUUGAAUGUUACUCAGGAUGUCAAUUUUGUCUAGAUUCAACUGUAGAUUGUACAAUGUGGAUAUUAUGGAAGUCACACUUUGAUUUAUAAAAUCUAAACAAUGGUUUUGAAGGUUGGAUAAAAAAUAGUUUUCCAGUGUUUUAAUAUAUAACUAAUAACUAUUGUAAAUUUAUAAAUUAUAUUUAGUUUAAAUAAAAAUGCUGGGCAUAAAUUAAGGAGAAUCAGCAAUCAAUAAUUUUAUACUUCCAGAUCAUAGGUCUUUCAUUAUUCAAUUUAGAGUUGAAUAUCUUUCAAAUUUACCAUAAACAUUUAGAAUUUAUUUAAAUGAUGAAUAGCAAUUAGAAUUUAUUAGUAAUUCAAGAAAGUAUGUUGAUUAUAGAAGUGAUAUAAUAAAUGAUUCAAGGAAUUAAAUUAAAUUAGAAAUUAGGAGUAUUAAUGGUAGAAUAGCUAUUCGUGAAUUGUCAAUAAUACUUCGAGGUCCAAUAAAUUUAAUCUCAUGUAUUGAUAAUAAUUUAGAACCUUUUGAUGGGUGUUUUGCUAAACAAGAAUCAUGUUAAUAAGGAUGUAUAUUUUGUGUUAAAGGAGAAUGCCUUAUGUGUGAUACUUAGUGGAUUUAUAAUGAAUUAAAUAAUAAUUGCGAACCUUUAUGUGGAGAUAAAUAUAUUAUAGCAAAUGAGUAAUGUGAUGAUGGGAAUGAUUUUCCAUUUGAUGGUUGUCAUUAAUGCCAAUUUUCAUGUCCUUUAAAUUGUUAAAAUUGUAUAUUUGGUUAAUGUUAAGUGUGUAUAACAGGUUACUAUUAUUUCAAUGGAAUAUGUAAUCAAAUUUAUUAAAAUUUCUUUGAAGAAACAGUUCUAAUAUAAAAUAAUAAUCUAAAGGGAAAUUAAAUUUCUUCAACUUAUUACGGUGAUAUAAAUUUAAAAUAAAUUGCUAUUUACUAUUAUGAAAGAUCAAUUUUAAUAAAUGAAUUUGAGAUGUUUUAAUUUUAAUGUAAACCUUUUUGUGAAGUUUGUGUAUAUGGAAAAUGUAUGAAAUGCUUAGACAAUUAUUUGUUGUUAAAAAAUUAAUGCAUCUCUAGAAUUACUAAAGGAAUAUUUUUAUUUGAAGAUGGAAUUCAUACGAGUACAAAUGAAAUCGGUUGCUAUAAAUGUCAUGAGAGUUGUCAGAUUUAAUGUCUAUAAUGUUUAAACUCAUAUUGUAUAUUAUGUAAGGAUGGUUGGUAACUUUUUAAUGGAUAUUGCGUACAAAUUUGUGGAGAUAAUCAAGUUGCUAUUAUAUCUUAAGAAUAAUGCGAUUCAAAUUUAGAUGAUUGCUUAAAUUGUAAUAUUGUUUGUCCUUAAAAUUGUUAAUAUUGUUAAAAUACCAAAGAAUGUUUAGUUUGUAAUGAGUCUUAUAUAGUGAUAGAACAUGAAUGUUAAUUAACUUGUAACAAAGAGUGUAAAAUAUGUGAUAAAAGUACUUGUUUAGAUGAUUAUUCAAAUUAAGAUAUUAAUAUUGAUGAAAUUUAGAAUUCAAUUUGUGGUGAUGGCAUUGAAUAAUAAUAAGAGUUGUGUGAUGAUGGAAAUAAUAUCUAAUUUGAUGGAUGCUUUAAUUGUCAGUAUUCAUGUCCUCUUAAUUGUUUAAAUUGUCUUGAUGGUAUUUGUUUUAAAUGCGAACAAUAAUUCUAAUUAAUAGAUCAUUAAUGCUAUGAAUAAUACUGUGGCAACGGUAUUAAAUAUUAGGAUGAAUAAUGUGAUGAUGGCAAUAUUAUUGAUGCUGAUGGUUGUUCUUCUAAUUGUCAAAUAGAAGUUCAUUAUAAAUGUCAUGAAAAUUAUUAUGGAUAAUCUGAAUGUCAAUAUUACAAAUCUCCUUAUAUGAUGUUGAAAUUAUUAAACUAAACAUUUAAUAAAUAUUAUAUUUAAAUAUCAUUCUCUUAAGAGAUUUAUUUCAACGAUAAUUACGUUCUUGAAUCACUAUUUAAUAUUAAUAUUGAUAACAUAAAAAAUGAAGAUUAUGCAAUUAAAUUAGAAUCAAAUUAUUAGCCAACUAUUAAUUAAAUUCUAAAUUAUUAAUUCAUAUUAGAAAUAACACUUUUUAUUUCUACUAAUACUACACAAUCUAAUAUUUUACUCGUAAAUGAAGCACUUAAUUAAAAUGAUAUGAAAUUAAUUAAUCCAUUCUAGAAAAUUAUACUAAAAGAAUACAUUUAAAUGACUUAAGCUGAUUUCGAUAAAACAAGAAAACUCACUUAAUAUUAACAAGUUAUGAUUACAACUUAGGGAAUAAUGAGUGUAAUCAGUAUAAUUUCUGGAAAUUUCUAGAUGCUUGUUGAAAUUUUAGAUAACUUACAGUAUAUUUCUUAUUUAAAAUACAUUAAUAUUAAUUAUCCAGAAAAUCUUUACCUAUUUUUUGAAUCAACUAAUAUUAUAAGUAUCAAUCCAAUUUUAGAAUACUUUACAAUUCGUGAAAACUUUGAAAUAUAUUUAUAUUAAGACUAUAUUUAAUCUUAAUAUAAAUUAAAAUACUAUAGUUUAAAUGCUCAUUUAAUCACAAAUCUUUAAUUUUUUUUCAUUUAAGUUUUUACAGUAUUUGUAUUAGCAAUAUUAUUGAAAACUAUUUGUUAUAUUUUUCUUAAAUUAUGUGAUAAAAAAAGAACUUAGAAAUUCAUUUCAUUUAAAUUUGAAAGUUUGACAUAGAAAAUCCUAUUUAAAAUCUAAAGUUUUAUUUAUAAUAUUUUCCAUCAAAUUUUUAUUUUUGCUUGCUAAUUUAACUUAAAUGGUGUACAAAAUAUAUUAUUAGCAAAUGCCUGGGAUUUACUUUUUAAAACAUUUUUAUAUUUAACCUCACAAUCAGGUAAUGAUAAAGUUUCCAUAAUAUAAGCUAUCCUUUCAUAUUUGCUUUUGGCAUCCUUAGGAUAUACAUUAAUCAUCCUACUAAAGCAUUCCUUUUUAAAAAAAAAAUAAAGGUUGAAUAAUAGAUACAAAGUACUUUACUUAAUAAAACAAUUUUUCUUUUGUUAUUACUUAAUAUGUUUUCAAAAGGAUUAAUUUAUUCAAUUAGUAAUGUUAAUUACAACAAAUCUAAUUUACUUAAUUGUAUUAAUAAAAGUAGAAUUUAAUUUAUAAACUUUGGAAAAAAUUCAAAUUAUUAUUUAAGAAAUCUCAAUUAUAGCAUUUACUUUUACUUCAAUGUUUUACUUACUUGAUUACAAUUACUUGAUUGAUGCAUAAAAUCAGAUAACAUUGGGCUUUUCUUAAAUCUAUUUUUUAAUUUCUGGCUUACUAUGGAUUUUCAUUAAAUAUAUAAUUUUGAUUUAUCAAAGAAUUAAAUAAAAUUGCCUUCAAAGAAUGAAAAAACAAAAGCUUAAAAAUCUCAGAAAAGCAACACACUUAAUUUUUGAAGUUGUUUCAUGA